GCUAUAUGCUACAUCGUUGUGGCUAACUGCCAGGGCAUUGCUACUUCUAAAGUGUUAUGAAGAAAAGAUGAAUGCUGCUUCCUAGUGGUCAUUUAUGAACAUGCAGGGCACACAAACAGUUUCCCUCCUGUUCAUACUAUGAGCAUGUACUGAAUUUGAUGAACAUUUUUAGGUUACACUUUAUUUUAAGGUACUUUUGUACUGUACUAUAGUACUAAGUACUUACUAUAGGGUUAGGAUUCGGAUUUGGUUUGGUUUAGUUGCAUGUAAUCAUGCAUCAUUUAUAGUUAUUACUAUAGUAACUGCAUGUAACAUGUAACAAUGACACUGUAAAAUACAGUGUUACUUACUGACUUUCUUAGUACCUAUAGCACUUACAUUUAAAAAGAUAUGCUUAGCUCUCCGCCAUUUUGUAUUUAUCCUCAACUCCUGUGGCAUUAUGGGAUAGCAAAUUGUAGACUUUUGCACACUUUAGAAUCUCAACAAAUGCUGAAUAUUGUCUAUUUCAUGAAUAUACAUGAAUAUUAAUGUAAUCUGGAAUCCUAAUUUCUUUUCUCUACUUGAACCAGCUAGCUAACAGCAUAUUUAGCUUCAUUAUCUUCCUCUGUUUGUGUCUAACCAGUUUCUUGUUCAUCCAACUGCUGAUUUUGUUUUCUCUGGACACUUCUAGCCAUCUGUCAAAGGUUUUAUGCUUAAAAUAUAUGUUUUUAUAUACUAGUUAGGUCCUCUAAGAGCAUUUACUACAUUUGGUAGCCGUUUUGCUAGUCGUAAAUAAUACGCAUGUAUAAUAAUUAGGAAAAACUGUCUGUGCGAUUUUGGGUGGAAGUAGGUCGCAUUGAAGCCAUAUAAGCUGAUUUAAUCCCCUGAAAUUUGGCAGAGAUUUUAGCUUGCAGCCAGGAAUGGCAUUUUGUGUGUAUCUGAGCUUGCGUGUACACACAUUUGCAAGUGUACUACACACGUUUGUUUGUUUUUUACUACAAGCGGUUGUGUAGCCUAGAAUGGUUAAACACUGUGUAUAGGAAGUUGGUUAUCCACUUCUCAGAAAACCAAAAAUUUCAUGUAUGAGUGCAUGUGGAUGUGUGUGCAUACCUACCAACACAGCUGAAAAAACACACAUCCAAACAGACCCCUGCGCACGUUGCCAUCUCUAUACCCCAUAAUCCACCUGUCUUUUUCUAGAAAGCACUGACUCAAUUUUUGGAUCUGAUUUUCAUGACAAAGCGAAUGUCCUCUUUACAGAGAGAUGUCUGGGUAUAAAAGAGCCGGAGUGGGAUGGGCCUGAACCAGCACAGCUCCACACCUCUACCCCCUCCACAGGCGCCACCACCAGCUGAACCUCUGCAGAAUGGGCCGGAUCAUUUUCUACGAGGACAAGAACUUCCAGGGCCGUCGGUAUGAGUGCGACAGCGACUGUUCGGACUUCCAUUCCUACCUGAACCGGUGUAACUCCAUCCGCGUGGAGAGCGGGGCUUGGGUGGUCUACGAGAGGCCCAACUUCAUGGGCUACCAGUAUGUUCUGACCCGGGGCGAGUACCCAGAUUACCAACGCUGGAUGGGUCUGAAUGACCGCCUCUGCUCCUGCAAGAUGAUCCACUUUGUAAGCGGUUCUGAGUACAAGAUCCAACUGUAUGACAAGGGAGAUUUCACCGGCCAGGUAUUCGAGACCACCGAGGACUGUCCAUCCGUGGUGGAGCGCUUCCGUACACGCGAGGUCCACUCCUGUAAGGUGCUGGAUGGGAUCUGGAUCUUCUACGAACAUCCAAACUACAGGGGGCGCCAGUACCUACUGGAGAAGGGGGAAUAUCGUAAGCCCAUUGACUGGGGCGCCGUCUGCCCCACUGUUCAGUCCUUCAAACGCCUAACAGAGUGACGUCUGAACUGUAAAUCCAUCCAUCUGCAGUCCUCCUUUACCUGCCCAACCACAACAGCACCGACACACCUGUGCUGAAUAAAUAAACGUGUGGUUGCAAAUGAAACUGUUGAGGGUUUUGUCUCUUUUUGUGGAUGUGUGAAUGACUUUGGAAACUACAU